UCUUAAAGCUUCGAUCGCGCACAAGAAUUCGCUCUGCCUCCCACUGCCUGCGAUCAUUUAUUACUCUGCAAAGUUUUUAAUUUUUUUUUAAUAUUCUGUAAUAUUUUGUAACUUACGUAACUUUAUAUCGCUAAGUCGAUUUUACUAAAAUUAUUAUGGAGUGACGAAAUGGUAAAUCGUGAAAUCUGUGCCAAGUUGCUUAACCAGCAAAAGUCCGAGUGAAGGGUUACCGAUAUUACUGGUCCAGUGGAAACUGAUUUUGUGUACGCGUUGACAUCAUCUUGAUACAAAUAUUCUUUUCGCUCAAUACAAUUGGCACAGGCUAGAACUGUUUAAAGAAAAACAUAGUUACUAGUUAUAAGUAUAAUAAUGGGAUUGCUGUUUGAAUCAGACGGUACCCCGUACGUAAUGUGGGGAGACAAUAAAAUUAAAUUAGAAAAAACGCCUAUAACAGAAGAGUUUUACGUCAACAAGGCAAAAACUGAACUAAGAGAAACGAAAGAAAAUGUAGAAAUCGGUCUUAGAGAUUUGAGAGAACUGCUUAAACGGGAAGCGAAUCUCGUUGUACCAAUAGAUGACGAUGAAUUUUUACUCAAGUUUCUUAGACCUUCCAAGUUUUAUGCUGAGAGCGCAUUUAAAAAGAUACAGGCGUAUUACAAGUUUAGAUUAACGCACAAGGACUACUGUCGAGAUCUUUAUCCAAGUGCUGUCCGCCUCGCGUUCGACCACUCGGUCGUGUCCAUUCUUUCACCGAGGGAUCAACAUGGGCGACGUAUUAUGUUCGUCGAAUCGGGGGAACGUUGGAAUCCUCGUCAUGUUCCACUGCGAGAGGUGUUUCGCGGAGUGCAGUUAGGUCUGGAAUCAGCAAUGGUUGAGCCUCGCACUCAGGUCUGCGGAGUUUCUGUCAUCUUGGAACUAAAAGGCCUCUCCUUCAGCCAAAUUAUGCAAUUCACGCCCUCAUUCGCAAAGAUGGUCGUGGAUUGGAUUCAGGAUUGCAUACCGAUACGUCUCAAAGGGGUGCACAUUGUCAACCAACCAUACAUAUUCAACAUGCUGUUCGCUAUAUUCAAACCCUUCCUCCGCGAGAAGCUGAGAUCACGCAUUUUCUUCCACGGCACUGAUCGAAAGUCCUUGUUGAAUCACAUAGAUGGAGAUGCGUUGGUACAGAGGGUAGGAGGGUCCUUGCCUGAUGACGGGAUAUCGGGUGAGGUGAUGUGGACAAUGAUGCAUCACUAUGAAGAAAGCUUCAGGCGAGCUGCUUCGUACGGGUAUAUCACAAACAACAACAACAAGUAAUAUUUUAAUGACCAAUAGUAAUAUUCCUAUAAAUCCGAUGGUAUAUUAGUUGUUGUUAAAGUAUUAUAGUGAUGCUUCUAUUUUUUUUAACUCUUACAGGUUUUUCAUAAUGUAUUAGUACCUAGUUAGGUUUAAGUAUCGCUGCAAUCGGACAGAUGUAUCUUAUCCUUGCAUGACAUUGCAUCGCUCUUUAACAUAUGUAUUGUUGUAUCAAAACAUUGUAACGUCAAAGUAAAAUGAGCUUUAUUUAUCUCAGUUUUAGUUUUAAAUAGUAUGGUGGUUCACAAAAUAUUUGGUAUUGGGUAAAUAUCUUGUAGGUAGAAGUAGUAAAAGUAGCAGAUAUUAAUAAAAUGUAGGUAUCAAAAGUCAAGCAAAAUGUAACUACCUUCAUGAAAAUUAAAUUGAGAAUUGCACUGGAAGACUUCUAAUUACCUAAACAGUAUUCUUUAUGAUAUUUUUGACAUUUAAAGUACUUUGAGCAAGCCAAGGAAGUUGAAAGAUUCCUUUUUCAAAGAAAACAUUACUAAUCUGCAAGCAAGUUUUGAUUAUUAGCCUAUAAAAGCUCGAGCACUUACACCUACAAAGACAUACGAGGGUAUAGAUUUGGAAAGUGGGUACUAUAACACGAGAUACCUACACAGUUAUCGAUUUAGAAAAAUAAUUUUUCUUUCAAGAAACGCUUAUUUCAGUUUUAAUAAACAACUACCUAAAGAAAAAAAAAGCCGUCAACUCCUAGGUACAAUGCCAUCAAAUUAUUACAUUUAGACGCGUGUGUGCAUUCUUGUUUUAAUAUUAUCUAUAACGAGCGGUCUUAGCGUGAUAAUAUAUAGCCUUCCUCAAGAAAUGGGCUAUGCAACACAGAUAGAUUUUUUUUUUUAAUCGGACCAGUUGUUCAGAGAUCAUCGCGUACAAGUAAACAAACAAAUUCUUCAGCUUCAGGUGGUCACCGCUUAUUUUUGUAUGAAAACCUCACAGUUAUUUCUGUUAAAGUAUUCAUCUCAGAAAAUAGAUUUUAACCGUCACGAAAAGGUACUAUUGUACGUGUACCCCAGCUGCAUAGUCCCCUUUCUUACCGGUAGACUUUUGUAUACUUACUUGGUUUACGUAUAAAAAAUAAAACAAAAAGGCGUACAUAUAAUAAUUAAUGUUUAUCUAAUAAAAUUUGUACAAAAUAAUAAUAAUAAUUAAGUUAUAUUCUUGAAAUUUAUAAACAUGUGACUAUUUUCAUUGACGUAUUUACGAAUAAAUCAUAUA